AUGAAUUUUGUAUUAGAAAGGUCUAGAAGUAGAUUGCUUUUAAUGUUAAAAAUUAUACAAUUUAAGAUUUUACCUUAUGCCGAUAAUUUAAUUGCAUUGCUUCUAGUAAAAGUUUUUGUGGGAUUGGGUAAUAAGUAUCAACAAAGGAUUAUUGGAAAUAAUUUCAAAUAUUAAUAAAGAAAAAUACUGGAUUAAAUCCUUGAAUUUAGUAGAAACUACAUGAAAAAUAAAAUGCCAUGA